AAAAUUGAGGUUUUCUUUUGCUUUUACGCAUCUUCGAGCUUGAAAAAGAAAAAAAAAACCGAAGUCAAGAUUUCUAAAUUCGAUGUUUUGUUCGUAAUUGAUUUCUUGAAAGUGGAACUAGGGUUUUGGGAAAUCGAAAGAAAGCUUGAAGAAAAAUGAGCAAUUUGAGGGUAAUUUGUAGGCCUCAUCUUGCGGUAUACUCAUCGAUAACAUGCUGUUACAAUCGAGCUAGGUGUCGUCCUCGAUCAGUUGUUAGGGUUUCGAAUUCGAUUCGAAACCCUAAGUCCUCAAAGCCUCGAUUGUCUUCUUCCCGUUCUGCAGUUUUCUCUCCAGGAAUUGAAUCAUCAGAUGUUCUGAAAACGGAAUCGUUGUGGGCUGGAUUCAGUAAUCAUCAGCGGAGAAUGCUAGUUAGAGCUGUUAAUUGGAGUGAUGAGAAAUCUCCAUACGAUACUCUUGAGCUGGAGGGGGAUGCUAAUGAGGAUGAAAUCAAAUUGGCUUAUAGACGUUUAGCAAAGUAUUAUCACCCCGAUGUUUAUGAUGGCAGAGGGUCACUGGAGGAAGGAGAAACGGCUGAAGCUCGAUUCAUUAAGAUUCAAGCAGCCUAUGAGUUGCUGAUAGAUGGUGAAGAACGAAGGAAGUAUGAUAUGGAAAACCGAGUCAACCCAAUGAAGGCUUCUCAAGCGUGGAUGGAGUGGCUAAUGAAAAAACGUAAGGCUUUUGAUCAGCGGGGUGACAUGGCUAUUGCUGCUUGGGCUGAACAGCAGCAGCAGGAGUUAAAUAUUCGCGUACGCCGCCUCUCACGUUCUAAGAUCGACCCUGAUGAGGAAAGAAGGAUCCUUGCAAAAGAGAAGAAGGCAUCCAUGGAGAAUUUUAACAAUACUUUGAAGAGGCAUACACUUGUGUUGAGAAAAAGGGAUUUGAUGAGAAAGAAAGCAGAGGAAGAGAAGAAAAAGCUCAUUAUCAGUAAGCUUCUAGCAGCCGAGGGCCUCGAGCUUGCUUCAGACGAAGAUGAUGCAUCAUCGUAGCCGAUACCAUGCAUCCUUAUUUUGUUUUUCUACAAAAAUGUUUAUAUCAUGUAUACUGAUUAAUACAACUUGUUGCGUGUAUGUACAUAUGGCUUAUUUAAGAUACAAUACAAACUUUAUGCAUCUUUUGCAACU